AUGGCUCAACCUAGCCACUCGUCGCUCUUUGAGAAAGCGAUGACCGUGAUACCGAUCGAUUCAAGCACCUACUCAGCAAAUCUUGACCCCGCCUGGUGUAUUGGGACGGUUCCCCAUGGAGGCUACACAGCGAGUGUCCUCUAUCGAACUGCCACAAUCCAUUUCGCCAGGAAGUACACUACGAGAAAACAACUAGCUCGCUCGCCAGAACCAAUCGGAUUGCAAAUUUCAUUCUUAAGAAGAACAUUCACUGGGCCUGCUAUCCUGACAGUGCAAGAAAUUAAGUUGGGGUCGAGGGUUAGUACGAUACAUGUUACACUUUCCCAAAAGCCCAAUCAACCUGCAACCACCAAGAAGUUGGCCUAUGGAAGCGAGCUGGAGAUUAUGGUGGCUGCGUUCAUUACGAUGAGUCCGCCGGAUACAGAGCAGGGGCCGGUUAUUAAGGGGCUCUGGGAUCUCUCUCCACCCAUGCCACAUGGCUCUUUAUCAGAUGGUUCAAUCGAUUUUAAGGCGCUAGCAGAGGACGGAAUAGAUGGUACAUGGGUGCUAUGUCCCCAAACACCUCCUGCGCUGCAUGCCGCCAAACAUCUCAGGAUAUUUAGUCCAUCCCACACAUUGUCCGCCAUGAGACUGGAAGAUCGGACGAAGCAAAUAGUCGACCAGUGGGCGCAAUUUGCGCCCGGUGGGAAGCCGGCCAAGUGGUCCAAUGAAGCUGUGCUAUACUUGGCGGAUAUGUUUCCUGCGGCAUUGACCCGGAUGGAAGCUAUGGAGACAAGUCGACUUCUUGCGUUGGAAGGGGAGACAGGAAGUGCAAAGAGCAUGAUGGAAGUGCCGUUUGGCCAGUUCUGGUUUCCGACUGUGACCAUGAAUGUGGAUCUGAAAACCAGGCUCCCUCCACAGGGGGUAGAAUGGCUGCAUUCUCGUGUGGUGACUAGGAUGCUUCGUGGGAGCCGCGCGGACUUGGAUGUUAUGAUUCUUGACCAAAAGGGGGAGCUGAUAGCUACAAGUUCACAAGUGGCGUUGGUGGUUGAUGGGUCGAGGAACAUUAGAGGAAGACAGGACUCUGGUCGUCUUUAA